AAUGAGUGAUUUUUUUAUGCCUAAUAGAAGUGAGAUAUCUUAGUAAAAUUAUAGUGGAUUGGGAAGUCUGCAAGAUAUGUACUUCUAUUAAUUAUUCACAAAGUUUAUCAUCUAGCUUUAGUAGAAUACAAUAAGACAAUUAAAGUUUUGGAGGAAGUCUUAUUCACAAUUCUGGAUUUUUAGUUCAACCUGAAUAAUAUUGUUGUUCAUUUGGCUUGGAAGAAGGUGUUACACCUAUUUAAAUCUAUGAAUUCUAUGAAUCUUAAAUAUAGAUGCCAUUCUUUUUUAAGAGUAGUUAAGAUAUUGAAAUGCAAUAUGAGGAAAUUGGAGUUGAUAAUUUGAAUUUGUAAGUAAAUUUACUUUAAGAUUCAAAAGAAUACAAAAAUCCAUUAUAAGAUAAUGAAAUUAGAAAUAGUGAACCAUCUUCUAAGGAAUUCAAUAAUAAAAUAAGUAUAUUAUAUUAAUUUGAUUAUCUUAUUUAGAAUUUGGAAAAUUAAUCAAUUCUUAAUUCAAGUCAGAAAUAAAAUAAGUUGCUAAUCAAAAUAUGGUAUUAGAAAACAAAAAUCAUUUUAAUGUUAAUUAAACUAAAUGUUUUUAUACAAAUAAAAUCACAUAAUUAGUUCAACAACAGAAAUAAAUGGAUUUUGAAAUGAAUACACUUCCAAAAUUAUCGUAAAAAUUAAGAAAUUCUAUUCAAUUAGGAAAAAUAAAUCAAAAUAGUAGAGAAAAUUAUCAAACAUUUCUAGAUAUCAAUAUGAUGUCUCAUCUCAUGAAAUAUAAUCUUUUCAAAUGACUCCUGAUGGAAAUAUGGAUUCCAUUUAAAAGAAAUUAGCUAAAAAUAGAGAAUCUGCUAGAAAUUCAAGAGCCAGAAAGAAACUAUAUUAUGAACUUAUGGAAAUAAAAAUGAAAUAAUUGCAAGAUGAAGUAAAGAGAUUAAAGGAAAAUAAUUGUUAUCAAACUUAUGACAAUUAAUUUUGUAAUAAAAAUACAGAGAAUGUAUAUUUUAUUUAAUAAUAUAGUUUUAAACUUUUUUAGAUUAAUAAUAAUUAUUAUUUGAUAAAUUGGAAAAUUGCAUAUUUAAUAAUUAAGAUAAAUUUGAAAUUUCAAUGAUUUUAGAUGAUUUAAGAUAAUUAACCAAUAAAAAUAAUCAAAAUCGUAAUGAUGCUGUUAGAUAAUACUUUGAUUCUAUAAUUGAAGUAUGCUUGCCAAUCUAAACUAAAUAUUUGAUUUAUUCUGUAGAAUAGAAUAAAGAUUUCUUUGCAUUAUAAUCAGAGUAGAUUUUAUUAUUAUCAUUAGUGAUUAUACUGAAUGGAUGAAAGAGACAUUUAAAAAAACAAAAAUUUAAUAGGAUCAAAUUAUUGAAGUCAAAAGAAUGGAAUCAAAAUUAUAGAGUAUCAGAAAUAAUAUAUCUGAGUAAUAUUAAUCAAAAAUUUAGUUCAAUACAAAAAAUUAAGGAUCAAUUAAAACUAAUUCAAAGUGAAACCACUUAGGUUGACUAAAUAUGGGAAUAACUUAAAGAAUUUUUAACUCCUAUUCAAUUAGGAGCAUGUAUUUUAGCAAUAAGAUAAGUAAAUAUUAUAAUUAAAUAUAGAAUUCUUUUCGUUAAGAACUAUAAACCUCUUCCCUAUUUAUUUAAUUAAAUAAUUCUUAAAUGGUAUAUAAAAUGAUUAUAUUUAUAGAGAGAAGAGGAUAAAAACAUAUAAUAAACUAAUUAAUCUCCUCUUCCUAAUAAUAAUUAGCUCAUUAAAAAAUCAAUAUAAUGA